GUCAGCCGCGUUGCCACGGUGACGGGACGCUCUAGUCGAGUCUCGCAGCCCUCCGUUUCCUGUUUGCUGCUGCUGCUGCGCUCACCAAGCUGAUCUCAUCAUGUCUGACGCAGCAAAAGACAAGGCCGCCCGGCUGCUGAAGAAGAGAGGAAGCAUUUCUUCACUCGGUAGCCAUGAAGUGAAAGCCAAGGAAACCACUUACAAGAAUAAGGACUCUCUGAGUACUGUCUCUUACAUCGAUGAGCCCGGCCAUCAUGAAGACAUUCCUCGUCCUGCUGUUCAAAUGGAGAACACAUAUCAGUUAGGUCCUGCCAAGCGUUUUCCAGUGGCAACAGUAAACAACAUUUUAAAAGACGUUUUGACAAGUUAUCUACAGGAAGAAAAAUAUGAUGGCGAUCUUUGCAGACAGAUGACAAAAACAAUAUCUGAGGUUGUAAAAGCCAGGGUUAAAGAUUUGAUGAUCCCAAGGUACAAGAUCAUCGUUCUAAUAAACAUUGGGCAGCUGAAUGAGCAGAACAUGAAGUUUGGAAGCAGAUGCCUCUGGGAUCCCGCAAGUGACACCUUCUCCUCAUUUACCUUUAAGAAUAAUUCCCUGUUUGCUGUUGCCAAUGUUUAUGCAGUUUAUUUUGAAUAAUGGUUUCUAUAUGAAAAACCUACUCUUAAAUCCAUCUAUCAUUUGUUUUAAAUCUGUUUAAUCCAAUCGAGGGUCACAGGCCCAUUGUAUAUAAAGGUGUAUAUUUAAUGUUACAUGUAAUGUAAAGAAAUCUAUUUACUUACAUUGAUACAAAUACAUGAAACAUAACAUAACAGAAUAGAUACUGUACUUUUUAUUGGUUGUCAUUAUUUAUGAGUAAUACAGCUGAGGUAAUUGCACAUUUUUAUUCAUUUUUUAAACCAGCUUUGUAUUAACAUUGUCAGAAAAAGAAAAAAAAUUGUAAAACAAUAAUAAUAUAUCAGCUGUUA